UGGGAAGUUUGAGGUCGCGCUUCCGUGAAGAAGGAUUUUACACGGCUUGUCCUGUUCUGACCGCGUCGUUUUAUCGCCAAGAUCCACGCGACCAUGUGAAUAAUGUGAUUAACAUCCAGGUUAUAACGAUAUUGUGGAAUCAGCUAAUUUGACAGAUAUUUGGUGCUAUGAGUCAAACUGAAAGAAGACCUGUAUCUCUUGAAAUUCCAGGAAUAAAAUAGACUAUGGCUUCAGACAAUGCACCAAUGUAUGUACGCGCACUGUUCCCGUUUUCUGGAACUAACGAGGAUGAGCUUUUGUUCAUGAAAGGUGAUGUUAUACAGAUCACGCAAGUAGUGGAAGGAGGAUGGUGGGAAGGAACACUGAAUGGAAAAACAGGAUGGUUCCCUAGUAAUUAUGUCAAGGAAAUCAAAUUAGAUUCGUUAAGUCAGGCACGAUCACCUGUACAGAAGUCACAGUCACCUACACCAUUUACCUUAGAACAGAGCAGAGAAUCAAAAGCUUCCAAAUAUCACACACAGGUGAUCCAAAAUAUUGUUGAAUUUGAAAGACAGUUUACAAAUGAAUUACAGACAUUACUCUCCAAGUAUCUCAGACCACUAGAAAGCAGCAAUAUUUUAACUCCCAUGGAGUAUUCAAUAUUAUGCAGUAAUUUAGAAGAAAUUUAUUCCUUUCAACAGUCGUUGUUACGUGAAGUGGAAGAAUUUGCUUCUGGAGAUCGGCAACAAAGAGUUGGUGCAUGUUAUAUGAAAGGAGCACCCCAAUUACAAACACUUUACACCGCGUAUUGCAGCAAUCAUCCUAAAACUGUCACAGUUAUCAAUGCAGAAGAUCUCAGUGAAAAACUGGAUAAGUUUAUGGAAAAUCAAGGGGCACCAAGUCCAGGAAGAAUGACGCUGACUGCAUCACUAAGUAUGCCGUUUAGAAGACUAGACAAAUAUCCAUCAAUACUUAGCGAAUUAGAGAAACACACUGAGGAGGGCCAUCCAGACUGGCAGGAUGUACGUGCAGCUAUACAGAUUUACAGAAACAUUGUGACCAUCUGCUUGGAAGUACGGAAACAGAAAGAUAUGGAGCACGAGAUAUUGACAGGAGCCAUCAGACAGUGGGAAGGGGAGGAUAUAUCAUGCUUAGGGGACAUAGUGAAAAUGUCUCAGGUGACAGUGAUCGGAGAGGAAAAGAAAGAGAGAUAUCUUUUGCUGUUUCCAAGUGUUUUAGUCAUGUUAUCAGUCAGUCCAAGAAUGAGUGGGUUUGUUUACCAGGGUAAGAUUCCCCUCUCUGGAAUUCGGGUCAAUUUACAGGAGGAUACUGACGAAUACUACCAUGCCUUUGAAAUCACUGGUAACUUUAUUGAGAAGAUUCUGGUGCAGACAAACAGUCCUAAAGAACAAAAAGAAUGGAAUGAAGCAAUACAAAAAUGUAUCAAGUCUAGUCCCAUGCAGUCACAACACAGUUCUGGACAGGUUUCCCAAAGAUCAACAAGCAGUACAGACAGUAGAAGUUCAGCCAGUCCCACAAGGCAUGCAUCUUUACCUGAACACUUGCGUCCCAAAACUUGGAGCAUUAGUUGUUUACGUCCAUCACCACCGCUCCGACCCACAACAGUUCUCAUGAUCAAGGAUGAAGCACAAAAAAGUCCAAAAAUGGCCCGAAAAAUGUUGCAUUCUGGGAAAAGGAAACAAGAACGUGUUAAAGUUGAAGAAGAACCGUCCAGGAGAAACGACGCUAAAAGUCUACAUGAUGACGCACUCAUACUCAAAGUCAUUGAAGCAUACUGUACAAGCGCAACAGGCAAAGGUCAUAUGUCAGUUCACAUGGUGGAUGAAGUUCCUCAAGUUAUAAUUGCUGAAGAAGAAAAGAUUAUUGUGGAGGAAACAAAAGGAAACCAAACAAUUGUAGAAGAAAAGAGCCUUGUAGAUACAGUGUAUGCACUUAAAGACCAGGUCAAGGAACUGACAGAGGAAUCUAAAAGACUCAAACGUGGUCUGGAAGAUGAAGUCAAAGCCAGAAAGAAAUUAGAGACACUAAUAAGAAAAAACAAAACUUUAAAAAGUUUAUUUGACCCCAGUGUUGAAGUAAAUUUGGAUGACACUCAUCUAUGAGACAAGUUGAAAGUGAAUCCUCUGAAGUGGGUAUCGGUGCUAUAGAGGAUCAGCCAAUGGACUUACAAUAUGCAUAUCAGAAUACAUCAUAUUUGAAGAAUGAAAUCACUGUUGGCAUCUUGAAAGCAGUUUAUCAGAGGCAUAUAUUUGUGAUAUUCAUAAAGUCUGGGAGUAUGGCUACAAUAAAAAUGAAGUUAUUGGUUUUAUCAUGUUUGUAUUCACCACUGUGUAUAGAGGUGGGGGGGGGGGGUGACAACAAAAUCUUGGUGAAUUCAACAUUUCUUUUAUUAAGCUACAAGUAUAUGGAAUCGUUUGUUAUACUAAUUUGGAAAUUGCUCAUUGCCAUGAAAAAACUGCCUAUUUUGACAUAAGUUCCACGACAUGUAUAUAUAAAAUAUGAUUUAUCAGUGAUUUCCCACAAUGCAUUGUUUGCUUGAUACUUAUAUUAUUUCUAUUUACUUUUACAAAUGUUCUAGCAGUAUUUGAUCUUGGGUUUGAAUGCAAGAGACAUGGAGACAUCUAUGCUUUCAACGCAAAUACUUUCCAUAUCACUAAAAUUAGUCAAAUAUUUGCAAAUGGAAAUUCAUGUGUUUCAAAUUGAUUUUCAAAUGGUUAGAAAUGCCAGGUUUACAAAUGAGACUUAUUAGUUGAUCUGUUGUAAGAUUUCUCAAGGUAUAUUACUAAUAUUAAUCAAGGAGCUCAAGUACACUUUAUAACUGGGCAACACUUUUACUACCGGUAGUUGAUUUUUUCUUGGAGUCUUCAAAGUCAUCUUCAUGCUAAAAUUUAAUGAAAAGUUACUUUUCAUCUUGCCACAGUUUAGUUGACAGUCAGUUGUACAUCAGUAAAAGUUUUUCUAAAAUAUAAAUUUGUCUUAUGCCUCUCAAUUUAAGAAAUUUGCAACGAAUUGAAAUGAAAAACUGCUUGAUAGCAUGUUGUGUCGGCUUUUGAGGAGUUUUCUUUCCUCAGCAAUUACGGUAUUUGAUUUAAAUUAGGACUGCUUCUGCAGUAAGAUAGGACCAAAAGGGAAUAGGUACUGCCGUUUUUAAAUACCUAAAAUAAGAAAUCUGAUCUUUUAUAUUGGCCUUCCAUGGCAAACAUUUUUUAUGCUAUUUGACAAUUUAUUUCAACUACGUGUAUAGUGUUUAAUUUGUGACUCUGUAAAAACUUAUCUUUUGUUUACGACAGUUUUGUGACUGAAAUAACAAAUUUUCCCCGUCCUGCUAUAGUUAUUGCACAACUUUUUUUCUGGUUGUGACACACACCAUUCAUAGACCACUUUUCCUGAUGUUGAAUAUAGCGUUUUUCAUGUAUGCGCAUAUAGGAUACAGCGUGAACUAUCACACUUGUGAUUGCAGAUGUUUACGACAAUCAAUGCGACAAAGCAAGAUUCUUUUUUAUCAACAGACUUAUUUGUAUUUGACACCAUGAUAAAGGCUUGCAUCUUUCUUGAACCCCAUUCUCACUACAUCUGAGGAAGUUGUCUAUGUCAAGAAUUUAAUAAUACAACUCUAGAGGGCACUUUAUGUACUAUGCCCUCUAGUGUCAACAGAAGGUGGAAAUGCUACCCAAUAAAUACACAUACUGACCAAAUAUUAUUGGAAAUAGAUCAAAGUGAAUGACCAAUAGGUGUUACGAUUUAUUGUCAAUAAGAAUCAUAUAUUGAAUGUUUAGUACAUAUACUAUUAAAUUGAUCCUCCUAUCAACAUAUCCUAGAGCUUUUCUAAACUCCUGCAACAAAUCACGGGUUCAUGUGUAUAUAUAGGUCAAACAACUGGAAUGCUGGGCUUGGCUGAUUUGAAGAAACAAUGGCGUGUCCAGAAAGUUUUUAUUCAAGAGCAUUUAUCACUUGACAGAUGCAAAUUUUUAGCCUAAUCUCUCAAACUGCAGAUUUUAAAUAACAUGCUUUAUUUUGAACCUCAUGUACUUACCUGAAUGACUAUUAUCUGAAUACUUUUUAAGUAUGCUUUUAUUAGUGAUGCACUACUCCACAUAUCGCUUAAAUCAAGACUUUAAUAUAGACUGAGUCAAUAAAAACAAAAUACUUGAACUAUUGUGAUAUAAAGUGAGAUAGCGAAUAUUUUUUAACUGGGUUGGGGGUGUACAUAUCUCGGUGCAUGCGUUAGGAAUAUAGAGCACAUUUUAUGUAUAUCUUUCUACUUUCCCAAAUCUGAGCAUAAAAUAGGUUGAAAAAUAAAAUUGUCUUCAGCAAAUAAAA